AACAGAGACAGAUUGCUCGGAAGACUUUUCAAACGAUGCAGUUGAAAUCGAGCCUUAUCAUAGCAGCAACUCUUUUCGCUGCCGUUACCUCGGCAGCUCCAGAUUUCUGUACGCCUGGGUAUCAACCUAUCCAAGAUAGUAACUUAAAGCUCGAUCUUACAAAGCUUAGCAGUCCAGAAGGCUUUCAGAUUAUAACAGAAGCGUCUACUCCACCAACCACCACUAAGACUGAGGUCAAAAUCAAUCUGUGUGGCCCUUUGAAUCAACCAGAAGGUGCAAAUCAAGAUUACUGUAGAACCGGAGCGUAUGUUUGCAGACGCGUUAUCAACGUAAAGGAUGGUAAUGAGAGGGUCACGGAAGUUCAAGAAAUUGCUGGAGAGAUAGAAGGAUCUGUACUGGAUUCAUCAUUGACACUACCAGAGAAUGAGAAAGACCUCUCAAAGAACGGCGUACAAUAUGUAAUUACAUUGAAAGGUGGAAAGGUCUUGGAUACCCCUCAGUCAACUAAAAUUACAAUGGAAUGUGAUGCCAAUGGAGACAAGAACGCUGAUCCUCCAGUUAAGCCAACUGUCAACUCUUAUACAAAUGGUGUAUUGGACUUGUACUGGAAAACACCCUUUGCUUGCGCGACAACUGAACAGAUCCCUAGCCAGCCAGAUAAUGGUGGUGAUGGUAAUUCUGGAAACGGUGGCGGUGGUGGUGGUAUGUCCGGUGCCGGUAUCUUUUUCUUGAUCGUUGGCAUUCUCGUUGCCUUAUAUUUUAUCGGCGGAGCUUUCUAUAACUACAAGCAAUACAACGCUCGUGGCCUAGACCUCAUCCCUCACAGAGAUUUUUGGCUGGAUUUACCAUACUUGAUCAAGGUAAGUUUAGCAGGCAUUUACGAGAUUGGACGAAUGCCGACUAACAAAGAAUCUUUUUUGUACUACCCACAGGACCUCUUUUCUCAUCUCAUGGAAUCCAUAUCUUCACGCCGAAGAGCUGGAGAUGGUUAUGUAUCGGUCUAAAUUCACAAAGUGAGAGCAUCCGACAGCUGAGACUACGAUAAUCACAAGUGCCUUCUUAAUAUUCAUUGCGUAGAUCAGCAAUGUGUAUGCUCCCACUAGACCUAUAGCAUAGACCCAUUUACGAAUCAUCUGAAUAACAAUCCAACAUAUUCUCUAUAACGUUUAUGUAGCGU